GCCAAGUUCCAAUCAGUUGCAGUCGCGAAUUAGCGUCGCACAGACGCCUGUCCCGCAUAAAUACAGGCCAAUCGCUCCGUCUCGCUCCCUCCCGGAAGUCCGAUAGAUUCGAUAGCUCCGAUAAUUCCGAUUGUUCUCGUGGGCGGUGUAGCGCUGCUCGACUAGGGCCUCCAAAUGGUGCAUCUGAACGAGAAAAACGAGGACCAACUGAUGGCCACGCGGAUUUCGGAGCUGCAGGAGUGGCUCAAGUCGCAGCCGCAAUUGCCGCAGAAUAUAUCCCGCCUGCUUCUGCGCCGCUUUCUGCACACGACGCGCGGGGAUCCGUCCGCCGCCCAGCGCCUCUUGGAGCUCAACUACGGACUGCGCAACAAGCAUGCCCACAUCUUCAUCGACCGCGAUCCCCUGGACGACGGCUCCCAGCAGCUGCUGCAGGUCGCAGAUCUGGUGCCGUUGCCCGGCCUGACCCCGGAGAACAACAAGCUGCUCUUCUACCGCCUGAUCGACUUCGACGCGGACAAGUUCAACUUCACGGCCGCCAUCAAGGUCUUCUUCAUGGUGGCCGACUGUCGCUUCGCGACGGAGGACGAGGAGCGCUUGUCGGACGGGGAGAUACCCGUGUUCGACAUGGCCGGCUACACGCUGCGCCACCUGACCAAAACCGCGCUGGGCGCCCUGCGCGUCUACAUGAAGUUCGUGCAGGAGGCGCACCCCGUGCGGCUCAAGGAGAUCCACGUGCUGAACUGCCCCUCGUUCGUGGACAAGGUGAUGGCCGUGGUCAAGCCGUUCAUCAAGGGCGAGGUCUUCAAGCUGAUCCACUUCCAUUUGCCGGGUGCGGAGACCCCGUACCGCCACUUUCCGCGCUCCAUGUUGCCGGAGGAGUACGGCGGAGGGGCGGGCAAGAUGGCCGACCUGAAGCUCCAGUGGAUGCAGUUGCUCAAGGAGCAGAGGGACUAUCUAAUGGACCCGGACAACUGGCGGAUAAGCAAGGUCAAAAAGAACGAAAAGCGAAUGUCCAGUGAUGCCGGACUUAGCAAAAGCCUACGCACCCUCGAAAUCGAUUAGUCGCCGUGCGCACAACUGUACCUUAAUCUUGGGGCCAUCGCGUUCUCCGAGAUUUUGCCAAAGUGAAUUCAGUUUAAAUUGAUUUUUGGCCCUUUUCACAUUGAAUAUUUAUUGAAAAAGCAUUUAGCCUUUACUUUACUUACUUUUCAUCUCUGCCUAAGAGACUUACAUUCUAAAAUUCGAAAUUUACUUUAAUCUAAUCUAAUCUAAUCUUUAAUUUAGACUGGAGGCACUUUCGCCAAAUCCUGUUGAAUGUGAAAACCGGACCAGCCCGACCAUCUAUUGUACUUAUUUUUUGUUUUGCUCUCGUUCCGUCUCCCAGCUGGGCUUGGGUCUAUGUAAAUAUAUGCUUCGCUUAAAGAGAAGGCGUUCCACACUCCA